UUGGUCUCCUGUUCCACCCUCCCUUUUCCACACACCCUGCAUGUGCUAGUGAUGUUCACCUUAUCGCUCCAGGUACCUCAAAAUGGUUGACUUUGGAAUCGCCGAGCGUGUUACGAGCGGCCGUAUCUACGCUGUCAAGGAAGGCACCCCGCUCUUCAUGGCCCCGGAGGUGAUCCUCGGGAAGGGCUACACCACCACGGCCGACCUCUGGGGCCUGGGCGUCUGCCUCUACGACUUCAUGCUAGGGAAGUUCCCGUUCUCCGACGACUCCGCGAGCAAGACGGAGGUGUUCCGCGCCGUGCUGAAGGCACCGCUGACCUUCCCCAAGUGGCUGGCCAAAGACCAGGAUACGAUCUCCCUGCUGCAGGGCCUGCUGUGCCGAGACCCCAACAAACGCGCUGGGGCUGGCCCCGACGGCUACGCCGAAGUGAAGUUCCACAGCUGGUUCAAGGACUUCAGCUGGGACGGUCUGCUGUCCCGGCAGCUCACGCCGCCCUUCCUGCCCAAGGGGGCGAACGUACGCGGAGGACCCAGGAGGGGGCAAGGGCCAACGAGGCACCAGGUGCAGUCGGGGUCCGUCGCAGAAGAUGACCAAGGAGCAGAUGAUGACGCGGGCUUCACGGACCCGGACCCAUCUUGGGCCGACGAUUUCUGAAUUUGGGCAGCUCGCGCUGCCAUUUAGCUAUGUGCGCCUCGGUCGCCCUGUCUUCGGCGCUCCGGUCGGCGGCGGCGGCGGCGGCGGCUCGCGCAGGCUGGCCCCGAGCCCGACGCGCACCCUCUCGCGCGAAGAGCGGGUGGCCUGGAGGCCGGAGCCUCCGGCGCGGGGGCGAGCUGUCCGGUGCUUUUCCUCGGCGGGCUCCAGGUGACCCCGCCGCCUGCGGUGUGACGCUUCCGGCGGCCACGUAGACCCUCAAUAUGCCCCAGCUUGCGGCCCGCGGGCUCCACGCCGACCGCGCGAGGGCACGGCAGGGGGGGGCGUUUGCGCCGGGCGGGAGCUCCACGAAGACCGGUCUCACUGCACUGCCUGGCUAUAGCGCUUCGCCCGCGUGCGCAGCCAGGCGGGAGAUCCAGUUAUCCGGCGUCAAAAGGCUCG